UUUGAGUCCUACAGCAUGGUUGAUAGGCAACUUUUGAAUUCGUAAAUAAUUUGAAACAAAUGACCGAAUUCAUAAUAUAUUUUGUUAUAAGGUGAUAAUGGAACUUGAUUCAAAUGAAACUAAUGAUUUGGACUUCGGUGUUGAGAAAAACUUUCGUCAAUACACACUUUUUGAUAUCUGCAAAGAUCCUGGAAUGAAAGACGAUGAAGGCAACGAACUACCGCGACCGUUUACAAAAAAUCAAAUGCGAAAAUGGUUAAAAAAAGUUCGAUGGGAAAAUAAUAAACAAGGCAAACGUGCUAAAGAGAAAGCGCGUGCAAAAGAAAGAAGAAGAAAUGCACGUGUUGCGAAUAUUGAUCUAGGACCAAGUAGAAAAACGUUAAAGAAAAUGAAGUUGGAAAAAUCUAAAAAGAACAUAGGAAUUAUAAUUGACCUUAGUUUUGACCAUUUAAUGAUUGAAAAGGAUAGAUUUAAAGUGAUUAAGCAAAUUUUAAGAUGUUACUCCAUAAACAGAAGGUCAGAAACGCCACUACAGUUUCAUUUAACAAGCCUGGGAGAGAAGGCAAAGAGUGAUAUGUCACGGCAUAAUGGUUUUGAAAACUGGGAUAUUGAAUACCAUGAACAGCCUUAUUCAGAACUAUUUCCAAAAGACAAACUGGUUUACUUAACAAGUGAGUCGGACAAUAUUAUUGAACAUUUUGAAGAAGACACAUAUUACAUAAUUGGUGGCUUAGUGGAUCAUAAUCAACACAAGGGUCUAUGUCAUAAGAUUGCUGUAGAACAAGGUAUUAGACAUUGUCAAUUGCCAUUAAAUAAAUAUGUUAACAUGAAAACAAGAAAGGUUUUAACAAUUGAUCAUGUAUUUGAGAUUGUUUUAAGAGUUUGCGAAGGUGUUCCAUGGCAGGAAUCUAUAUUGGAAGUGUUGCCACAUCGGAAAGGGGCAUACAUCUGCAAUAGUUCCUAUGAAUCAAAUACAACUGAAGAUUAUUCUAAUCCAAGUAUAAAUGGUACAUGACAGUAUAUAUUAUAUUAUAUUCAAAUACAUAAUCUGUGAGCUGUGUGUGAUUAAAAUGCAAUACAUAUUAAUAUAUUUGUUGAAUUAUA